AUGUCUACUGAAGCUGUUGCCGCUUUGUCCAUUAACCAAUCCGAAAACAUUGAGAACAGAAUCACUCGUUCUAAGGCUACUGAGGAGUUGGCUGCGUUGAAGUUGAAGCCGUUGAAGAUGCCAAUGGAUGAGUUGGUCAAUGAUGAAGAAGAUGAGGAAUAUCAGCCAAGCGAUGAGGAAGGAGGAGAAAACGAAGUUGAAGUCGAAGAGGGAAACGAAAAUGAAGAAGGAAAUGAAAAUGAGGAGGUAAACGAGAAUGAAGAAGAGAUUGAUGUUGAAGGAGACGAUGAGAAUGAGGCUGAGAACGACGAUGAGAUGAAUAACGAGAGCAGAGUUGAAGAUGUGGUAAGUUUUUUGCUUAAAAAUUUAUAUUGUUGAUUUUUGUAUGUAAAAAUUUUGUUGACGGAUUUUAGGUGUCGAUUUAUCGGUAAAAUAAAUCUUAUCUUUGUUUUUUAAAUGUAUUAACGAUCUGCUUAACUUGAUAUUUAUGUUAUUCUAUUUCAGAACGUCUCUGUCCUCGAAGCUGAAGCCGCUGCUCCUUUAUCUCUUGACGUUGAACCAGAAAUGCUUCGACAAAAGUCUCCAGAAUACGUGGAAUUCGUUCGAACUGUCUUCAAGCGCAAAUUGGACGACACCAACCAAGAAGAUGUUGAGAUGAGCGACGAUGAAUACCACGAGGAAAGUGACGAUGAAGAAGGUGGAGAUCAAAUCGAGAAGAAUCCCGACAGCGAAGGCGAUGCUGAUGAAGACGAGGAAGACGCUGACGAAAGUCAGGAAGAUGCUGAUGUGAGUAUGGAGAUUCCAAAGGACGAGGUGGAUGAGCUGCAUAAUGAUGUAUACGAACAGAACUAA